UUUACCAAAACGUAGCUAGCUAGGCUAAACUAAUUCCACCAUUUACCAAAAGUACUCUGUUAAACAUCUUGCGCAGGUGAGGAAAUUGAAAGAAAAAUACCUCAAGAGCGACAAUGUCUGGGAACUGGAAUAGCGGACUUCCAUUUUUACCAGGAUACGCUUUUUAUGAUGUUACGAAGUCAGCCUUCCAUCGUCCCCAGACACUGGACUACAAGAAUGGCUAUGCUCUGCCCCGUCGCCCUACUGCGGGCAUUGGACAGGAUCCUCUUUUCUCAGAGCAGUUAAUCCUGCAGGAGAUCAGUAAGCUGUCUUCUGAGACACCAGCCAUUACUUAUGGCUCCUUUGACCAGAAUGUAGUCGAAGACUUCAUCCCAGCUCAUGUGGCCCUUGACAAGAAGGUGCUGCGCUACUAUGCAUAUUUUCAGGAAAAUAUCCUGUUUUCCCCUGAAGAGGAGUGGCGCGCACGCCCAGUGGUCAUUUACUACUACCUUGAGGAUGACAGCAUGUGCAUCAUAGAGCCCGUGGUAGAGAAUUCUGGGAUGCCGCAGGGGAAACGGAUCAAACGCCAGCGUCUGCCCAAGAAUGCACGUGGAGAGCAUUACCAGUGGAAAGACCUGAAUAUUGGCAUGGACCUGGAGGUGUACGGGGUCAAGUACCACAUCACACAGUGCGAUGUUUUUACAAAGGAAUUCAUGGAGAGCGAGGGCAUUGUUCUGAACGACCCAGAGCCGAUGCCUUGCGUCAGUCGUGGCAAAAACCCUCGGCCUUCCUACACAACACCGUCCGAAUUUGACAACAAGCAGCAGUUUCUCACCAUGGAUCGUAAGGUGCUGCGUUUCUUUGCCCUGUGGGACGACGCUGACUCUCUGUUUGGGGAGACCCGGCCUGUUACCAUCCAGUAUUACCUGGUGGACGACACGGUGGAGAUCAGAGAGAUCCACAAACCCAACAGUGGCCGCGACCCCUUCCCCAUCCUGAUGCGCAGACAGAAGCUGCCCAAGAAAAUCAAACCAGAGUUGGAGACCUUUCCCAGAUGUGUGCUGGAGGUUACAACAGCAGAAGUAGACGAGUACCACUCCCCCAAAGACUUCCAGGCGGGUCAGAGGAUUACCCUGCUGGGCCGUCACUUCCUGCUGUGCGACUGCGAUGACUUCACUAAAGAGUAUUACCAAAAGAACCACCCUGACGUGAAGAUGGAUCCCUCAGAGGUACCAAAAAACACUGACCUGCUUCAGGAGAAGAAGAAGGAGGUUCCUCCCUAUAAUGGUUUUGGUUCACUUGAAGACUCUCUCCAGAAUUGUUACUCUUUAAUUCCUGAACCCCCCAAAAAGAAUGUGCUAAAGAUGCUGGAAAACGACCACAAAGUGUUGCGCUACAGUGCCAGGCUGGACUCCCAGAAUCCCGGAGAUGAGGGCCGACGUUUCAUCCUGUCCUACUUCCUGUCCAACGACAUGAUCAGUAUUUAUGAAAAGCCCGGUCGCAACUCUGGUAUCAUUGGUGGCCAGUUCCUGGAAAAGACGCGCAUCCCCAAGCCGGGCUCUACACUGGACAAUCCUGAGUUCUACUCACCUGCAGACUUUGCUAUUGGAGCCACUGUGGAGGUUUUCAGCCGCCGCUUUGUGUUGACCGAUGCUGACCACUAUGUGCUGACGUACCUGGAGUCCAACACAAGCCAGAUCCCGUGUCAGACGCUGGAUUCUUUGCGACAGAAGCUGGGUGUAGGGACGACAAAUAAUCAACCAGCUGACCAAAAUGGUGAUGAUGUAGGAGAGCCAUCUUCAUGAUGUCGGGGAAGGCUGGAUUUCCUCAAGAGUUGUUCAACUCUUCGACAUAAUUCUGCAUCCAUUUGUCUCCAUUUACCAACUGGCAACGAUAGCAGUUUUUCAUUGCGGCAAAAGAGAACAUAAAGACAAACAAGUGAACAUUUUGUUGACAGAUGUGUCAAGUGUAUGAAAUGAAAAUAUAGAAAAAUGACUUCACUUACAAUCUUGACAGUAACGGUUGCCCCGGACUACAGGGGGGACCACAGUUUAGUUUGGUCCGGUUUGCAACCACCAGUUCUGUGACCAAGAAAUCUGCUAUUUCUGCUGCCUCAGAGUGCUGGUACCACACGUCAUCAUACAUAAUAGCACUACAAUUAAAAGUGAAGUAAAUAACUCCAAGAUAAGGUACAAAAUCAAAAUAGAAUGACUAGUACUACUGCUUAUUCACAUAUACACCUUUAUAUAAUUAGUAUAGUGAAGUGAUUUUAAAAUGUCACAGUGUAAUUGAAUGAUAUUACUUAAGUCCUUUCUGACAGGUUGGAGCAGUGUAAAGAGGAAUAUUAAAUGUUUUUGUACUCAUUUAAAAAUAGGUAUAUUUCCAGACAAUUAAAGGGCCCUACAACCAUCCAGAGACAUCCAUCACUGGACAAACACCUCAGUUCCAUAUAUGAAUGGAAUCAAUAUCAUUAAAUUUUGUCCAAUUCUA